AGUGAAACAUAACAACACACAUGUUGCGUUUAUAAUUUUGUUCAGUGUGAAAAACGCAUUCUAUGAAAUACUAUUGGGCGUGCGUGCAGGUACCGCGCGGGUAGGUUAAACGCGAUGGCGGUGCAGGUGCAUCAAGAAAGGACGGAUACGGUCCGCGGUCUAUAUUUGAAUAGUGUCACUGCACUGUAGCCAGUGGUCAUUGUAUUUGAUUAGUGAAUUUAUAGGGUAACUUCCGUAUCUCUCAGCCCACCAGAGCUUCCGUAUUAACGGAGUUUCUCAGUCUACCCUGGCUGGAUUUUUGACUUUGUAAAGCUAUGCGGUCAAUUCCGGAGGAGUUAACGACGCUUAUUUCAGAUCUUGAAGAUUUCCUCUUCGAUGGUCUGAAAGGAGAGAAUUUGAGUAAGAAGGCAAAGGAGAAAAGAGAAGCCUUCAUAAAGCGGAUCAAAGAGGUCAAAUCUGGAUACCCUCAAGAGUUCAACGAGAAUCGAGAUGCAGAGGACUCGGAAGAGGAUGAAGUGGAGGACAGCAACAAUGAUGGAGGGUCGCUGCAUUCAGAACGCACAGAUAAGGAGGAUGAGACCUCAGAAGGUGACUACCUCAUGAAGCUGGUUGAGACAUUCUAG